AUGCUAGAAAAUCCAACUGGACCGUCAAGUACGACAAGUAUUUGUCCUCGUCGAAUCCCUUUAGGGAAAUUCGAAAAUAACACUGUUCAUAGUCAAGGUUGGUUUGCACUGUGGAUUCAUGAGAGCUUCUUUCCAACAACCACAGGAGCAUGUCCAUCAAGUAAAUGGGAUAAAGCUGUAUUUCGGAAACUAACCGCUUGGAAUAACAAUAAAGGACCUGAAUGUGUUAACUGUGGUGGUGUGCAAUUCGAAGAUAUGUUGCUGGUGAACAAUGAUGAAGCAGCGAUAGAAGGAAAACGUUUAAUGAAUGGAAAUUUAUAUGAUCAGAUAACUGGUCCUGUAUACAGGAACUCUACAAUUGUCGCCUUUGAGCCUGAUCUCACUGAUGGUAUUCCAGACUGUCAUACUAGAGCGGUUAUAUUACCAUGGGCACCUGGUCUAACAGUUGAUAAUAUGGUGAUGAGAAAUUUCAAUGGCCAAAAUUGUACAGCUAUUCACGGAACCUUGAUUACAUGUUUGUGUAAUAAACUUUGUGGUGGCUAUGAAUACUUGUUCAAGAAUAUAAAAUGGGAGAAUACGAACAAUCGUGCUGAGUUUCGAUGGCAUGGAGACUUUAGUCUUCGAGAUGUAGAUGGAUCCCUAACAGACGGAAUUCCGAAUGUCUCAAAACUUCCUGGAUCACUAAUCAUCGGGAAAGCAAAUCAUCUACCUCCCGAAAAAUGUGGUCCCAGUGCUCCAGGGGCUGGAGACCUCGGAACUGCUUUCGGUCAAGGUGCAGUACAAGGUGUUCGGUGUUUGCCAGAUGUCACAGCACUAAGAUUUUCUGUUGAUUAUACUAAUCCAGCAGGACUUACAGGUGGUAACAUGACUGUAACUUUGCUAAAUGGUGGAACGGAACAAGUACCUUUCAAAACUGAAGCUCUUACAGAUAAACAAGGAUGGAUGACUACACUCAUCAAUAACAGAACUUAUAUUGUUAAUUGGAAUGCAAUAUCAACAUUCACCAACCUCAGUUAUGUUGGUUAUUUGGAAAAUUUCAGGCAAUUCGAUUAUGUCAUUGUUCGUCAUACGGGAAUGCAGGUCAAACCAGACAGAGUCCAAGUUAUUGCCGGUCAAACACCUAAGCAACCAAUGUCUGAGCCACUGGAUCCGACUAUACACUCCAACGGUGAUAUCUUCUAUAAUGAAACAGGAAAAUAUGUUGAAUAUAUAGUGAAAGCACCAGUUUAUCCAUCUGCAUUCAACAGUCAAAGACUGGUGGUUUCAUUUUACAAAUGCUUUUACACUGAUUGCAUAGUUCCUAGUACAAGUACUGUGAUCACAGUUGAUACAUUACGUCCAGCAAAUGCUUUAUACUGGUCGAAGAGCACUACCUGGGGGGAUAUACUCGGUCCUCAGCCAACAAAUGGGAGUUCGGGUCAAAGUGUAUUGCAAGCACCAAAGACAGUUGAUGAGUUUAUGCCAAACGUAAUGACUGAUUCAGCUGGUACAAAUUAUUAUGAUGACUCAAAUCAAAUGUUAUAUGUGAUUCUUAAAGGUGAAGCAAUUAUUACUGUCAAACUGUCGCAGUUGGUUAAAGUAUCUUUUGGUUUACCUGCUAUGACUGUUGAUCAAUUUUUUGGAUCAGAAGUUGUAUCGAAUCUAGCAAAGUUUUUAGGAAUACCUGCUGAAAAUAUACGCGUAGUCAAGGUGGUAUCUGAGUCUAGUACAGUUUCAGGACGUCGGCGACGUCGAUCAACAUCUGGUGUGUUCGUUGAACUGGAAAUUUCCUCACCACCUGUUGGAAAUUUAUCCAAAGCCUUGGUACCAAAUGUUACAUCAUCUGGAAUGACACUCAUGGAAAAAAUAUCUUCAACGGUUGUUACCAUCGUACAGACAGGUUUACUUGAGAAAGUUAUUAACGCAACAGUUGUUGAUGUAUCGGUUCAAAAACCCACACCUCUACCAGGCAGUGCGUUAUGGGCUGCUCAGGUUUCAGGAACAUCGAAUAAUUCACAAACACCAGCGGUCAUUCAGGUCCCUGUGAAGGCAAAGAUUAAACUCAAUGUUCUACCAGGAUAUGGUUCAGUUGUUGAAGGAGUUCCAUUCAACCUGGAAGUUAGCACGUUGGACUCAUCAGGUAACACAGUCAGACCACUUGGUUCAAACACAAGUAUCUGGGCAUAUGAAUUGUCUCAGCCGAAUGCAGUUUCUCCUGUCAAGGUGUCAAGAACAAACUUUUCAGAUUCCGAAUCAGGUACAGCUUUAAUUUCUAACCUCAUAUUCUCGAGAGCUGGACAAGCUAAUCUCUUUCUUUCGGUAAUUUCACCUAAUGAUUCUACUCGACUUAACUCAUCAGUAAACUUUCUUGUGCAAAAGAGACAGUUAAGUUUAGCUGUUCAACCGAUUCAAUCUUAUUCUGAUGACUCGAUCAUAAAAGUGUCUGUCAAUAGAAAUAUUCCUAUCCAAGUAAAAAUUCUGGACAAACAAACAAACCUCUUGGCGCAAAAUCUAAAUUGGCGAAAUCUUGUGUGGAAUUUCACCGGAAGUAUUUGUCCUGAUAGUAGGAAACCGAAGAAUUCAGCUACGAAUGCAUCCUCUUCAUUCUUGUAUUAUCCAAAUAAGACUACGAAUGGUUUCAACUGGACAAUUGGUGGAUUUCAAUCAUCUUGGGUGUAUGUUUAUUGUAUUGGGGCUACUGCUUACCUCAAUGACACCACAACAAGACAACCUGAUUAUGACAUAAUUCCAAAGAAAAUCAAAAUUCAAGUUAAUCCACAAAACUACACUGAACCUUCUAGAAAUGCAAAAAAACCAUUCAGGUUCAAAACUACUGGCAGUUAUGCGAACAUGCUACAACAUAUUGACGAGUUCACUGCUGCCGUAGAGUCUGAGCUUUACACUCGGUUUCCAAAUGUAGUAUUUGAAAAUAUAACAUUCAGUGAAGGCAGUAUAAUGGUGGAUGCGGUUGCAGCUGGUAGCUCUACGACUGUAAUGGAAAAUAUGAUGAAUACUUUUACAUCCUCUUUGAGUGAUGGAAGUAUCACCUUUUCUGUAGGAGGUGUUAAUUAUACAGCGACAGCCGAUGGUAAAAAUGCUGGAUGUAGAAGAACUGGCUUCAUCUCACCAUUCAUAAUGCUUCUGUUUAAUUUGCUGACUUACCAGUUGGUUUUGAUAAUUCUAUCAUACUAA